GAAGUCAGAGUGAAGCUUUUCGUGUUACAACCCAACAGAAUUCCAUCGCCGUGCAUUUUUCGACAUUGUUCACAGUUGUCACAAUGUACUGUCAUCAGUUGAAGUCUAUAAGUACGAAAUGAAUUGUGUAUAGUGUAUGGCGUGUUAUAUAUAUUUUCUUUCAUUAAAUUUAUGCGAUAAAAAAAGAAAAGAAAGACGGCAACAAAAACUUUCGCAAUCUGUGUAACCGGAAGCGAACGAAACCAAAUAAGUGAAUUUAGUAUUGAGUGCAUCAUUGAGUCAGAAACAAUAAAAAUCUGUGUAAAAAAAUAUGUCGAAUUUUGAUGACAAUCCAUUUGGAGAGCCAGCGGUCGAUAAUCCGUUCGCUGAUCCUGCUGUUCAGCAAGCCGCUCGAAUCGCCCCAAAAUCAAAUAUUUUAGAAGAAUACAAUCCAUUCGAGGAUGAUAACCCUCAUACAACAAUUCCAAUCGGUCAACAACAACAACCGCAACAGCAACCAUUUCCAGCCUACAAUCAAAAUAGUCAAACGAAUUCGGCAUAUGGAAAACAAGCACCACAAAUUUCAACAGAAGAGCUUCAGAGAAGACAAGAGGAAUUGGAACGAAAAGCACAAGACCUUGAACGGCGAGAGGAACAAUUGCGAAAUAAUGCGGCUGGUAUUCGGCGCAACAAUUGGCCACCAUUGCCAGAGCAAUGUUGUUUUCAGCCAUGCUUUUAUCAAGAUAUAAAUGUUGAAAUUCCACCCGAAUUUCAGCGCAUUGUUCGACAUUUAUACUAUUUAUGGGGUUUUUAUGCCCUUGUCUUGUGCUGUAAUGCAUUGGUCGCAUUACUUUUGGUACUAUUCCAUGGCACGGACUAUAUUGGUCAUUUUACAUUAGGCCUAAUCUAUGGCACACUCUUUACACCAGCUUCAUUCAUGUGUUGGUACCGUCCGGCGUACAAAGCCUUCCGAAGCGAUUCAAGUUUCAAUUUUAUGGUGUUUUUCUUAAUUUUCUUUUUCCAAUUUCUAAUGUUGAUUUUACAAUCGAUUGGUAUCACCGGAAGCGGUUACUGUGGCUUCUUAACGGCAAUUAGACAAUUCAAUGGAACUUUGAGUGGAAUUUUCACCGGAGUACUCGCAUUGGCCGUGGCCACUUCGUUUGCUAUUUGUGCCGCUGGUAGCUUUCUCCUUUUGACAAAGGUGCACGCGAUCUAUCGUUCAUCGGAUAAGGUCAGUAUGGAUAAGGCUCAGGCAGAAUUUGCAAAUGAAUUUAUGCGUAAUCAAGGCGUUCGACGAGCGGCAGCAACAGCUGCACAAGCUGCAAUGUCAUCACAAUUUAAUAAUCAAGCACAAAAUGCAAAUCGAUACUAGAACUUAUCGAUAGAUGAUUUAAUUGAUCCACCAUCUAAAAAGAAAAGAAUUAAUUAACAUCAACAACAGAUGCUAAUCGAAGACAUAAACAAAUUCAUGCAAAUUAACACAGAGCGUAUGGCAAAAAAAGAAACAGAGGAUUGAUAAAAUACGCUGAAACGAAGAAAUUUCAUUUGUAUAAAAUAAACAACAACAAUAACAAACAAAAAAAAACACAAAGAAGAAUUAAUGGUGGUUAGCAUUAAGUGAAACAAAAUGUGAAAACAAAAUAAAAUGGAAAUCAAGUAUAUUUUUUAUUUAGUUAAAAAAAAAAUAUGUCAAAAAUUCAGAUUAAAUUCGCUGCUAAAUCCGAAAUAAUAAUCGUGCUUUAACGCUAACAUAUGUUGUCCAAGUGGGAAAAUUACAAGUGAACUAUGUAAAGUAAAAGAAUAUAUACGAAAUGUUUUCAAAAGUCAACUAUCGAGAUUCUAUUUGCCAGAUACAGAAAAAAUGUCGAAAACAAACACAAUACAAUAUAAUUUCUACACACUCUCUAGUGAUUAAUCAAAAUGCCAGUUCGAAUGUCAUAGAAAUCGAUAAAUUCAAAUCAAUUUCAAUCUUUUUAUAUGUACGAACGCCCUCCUGUCCGUAUCGAGUCACUCAUGACUCAUACACAUACACCGAAAUUCAAUUAAACUUCAUUCGAUUAAACACAAAAUAUUAAGCGGUUCCCUUCUGUUUCGCAAAAUGCUUAAGGCAACAACAAAAAAAAAAAGAAUUAUUUUCGCAAAUAUCAGUAACACUGGUGAUAUGAAUCCAAUUUAGAACUUUUGUGUUACGGCACGUCGACCGUGUGUUGAAGUCAAUUGAACUGAUUUAUUUUUUAAUUAUGAUAUCAUUUUGUACUAUUUAUUUGCGUUGAUUUGCAUGAGAAUGUCUUAAUCUAGAAACCAAAAUCUAAAAAUAAUUUUGAUAGUUAUAAUAGUUUCAGUUUUCUUUGUAGAUGUUAUCACACUCAACUCUUAUGUUUAUUAUUCUUCAUGAUAAUUUGUAUCACACACAUUAUAAUGAUAUCACACUGCAACAAAUUUCAUGACAUGAUGUUCAAGCAUAGGUUCUGACAAUAGUAAAUUUAGGAGGGGGUCACGUCCGAAAAUCGACGGGGGUGCCCCGCUCUGAAAAACCC